GCUCUCGCUGGAAGAUCUCGCGAGACGCGGACGCCGGUUAGGAGCAAAGGAGGGAGAUCCGAGCGCGGUCACGGGGUCAGCGGGCUGGAGCGUGGCGGCGGCGGCGGACGGAUAAAGAGGGAGAGAGAUAGGAAAGACGUUAGUGAGAGUUGUCGCUGGGCAAAGUCAGAAUGGAUGAUCUAGGAGAGAAUACUACUGUCGUCUCCACUUUGCGUUCAUUCAACAACUUUUUGUCAUUAAGUUCAGCUGUGCCCAGCACAAAUGAACCGAGCUCUACUUCGCAACGGUUGCAGUUGCAGUACCAGCAGAGAAUAGAGGCUGAGGAGCAGGCUGAAUAUAUUCGUUCCCACUCUCGCUUUCUAGAUGUGGAACGGGAAAAGCAGAAGAUGGAAGUUAAUCAUAAGCGAGCCAGAAUUGAGCUGGAGAAGGCAGCACAGACCAGCUCCUGGAACUAUGAGCGGGAGGCAGAUCGAAACCAGGAGCUGGUUACCCAAAUUAAACAACUGCAGGAAAAGGAAGCAGAGGCUGAGGCAAAGCUGAAGGAUCAGAUUAAUGUGAAAAAAUCAUUGAAAGAGGAUCUUGUGGUCCAGAAUAAGAAGUUACAAGAAAGGGAAGAUAAACUUGCUGAAGCCAAUCUGACAAUUGAAACUUUGAAGGCCAAGAUAUCAGAGCAACAACUGAAACAUAUGACCCAGGAGAUGCAGCUGGCGACAUUGACCACAGAGCGCCAGGAGCUGCUUGAGCAAGUAGAAAUACAGUGCAAGAAGUGGCAAGAUGCUGUGCACAAUAUUCAAGAACUGGAUGCAGGGCAAGUGGCCAAUGCUGGCAAUGAACAGAGAUUGAAGGAUUUGGAGAAUAAAUUCAGCCAACAGGAACAGGAUUCUGUAAUAGUAAAGAAUAUGCGGUCAGAAUUGGCUCGAGUUCCUGAGCUGGAGAAAGAACUACGACAGCUGAAGGAGAAAAAUGAGUAUUUCAGAGAAAUGGAAGAUAACUAUUCGCUUCAUAAGGAAGAAAUGGAAAGUCUCCGCAAAAAAUGUGAACGUCUUGAGAAGUUAAAGGGAGAGAAUGUUACUUUGGAAUUGGAGAAAGAGAAAUUAUUGUCAAAAUUGCAAAGUUGGGAAAAUGUGGAACAAACUUCAGGACUAAAUAUCCGGAGUCCCGAAGAUCUAUCAAGGGAGAUUAUUAUGUUACAGCAACGUGAACUUGUACUCAAGCAACAAAAUUCGUCUGUCAGCAGCAGUGGUCGAAUAUUGGAAAAAUCUCUGCGGCAAUUUCAGGAUGAUGUUUUGAACUUGCGAACCCAGCUUUUGGCUGAACAGAAGAGGCGGGAGCAACAGGAAGCAAAUGCUCGACGUAUGGAGAAACGCAAUAUCCUUCUUAUCAAGGCUCGUGAUGGCAUGAAAUGCAUCUUGGAUUCCUACGACAAUGAGUUGGUUACCAAUUAUGCACCACAGCUGAACCGGCGGGUUCGUGAAUCUGAAAACAUGACUCGGGAUCUGCAGGUUCAUAUUUCUGACCUGGAGAAGCAGCUAUCUCAGGCCCUGGAGGAUGUUGGCAAUCACAAGUUAAAAGCACAGACACUUGAAGCAGAAUUGAGUGUUCUUCAAAGCCAGCUUGCUCUAAUUGACAAGAGCAUCACCAAUGAUGAAGGGAAUCUACUGAGGCAGAAGAUUGAAGAGUUGGAAGCUGAGAGAGGGCGGCUUGAUGAAGCAAACAAGGUCUUGGAAAUGAAACUGGAUCGGUGCACCCUUCAGGGUGACUAUGAUCCGAGGAAAACAAAGGUGCUUCACCUGAGCAUGAACCCCAUGAGUUUGGCAAAGGAGUAUCGUGUAGCAGAGCUGAAAAGUCUGAAGGAGGAAUGUGAGCAACUCAGAGAGAGGGUGCGGGGCCUUGAGGGAGGUGCAGAACAUGAACAAGUGGGAUCACUCAGAAACGUGCCACCAUCUCAGGAAAUUGCAGAGAUGCGCAGGCAAGUAAGCAGUGCAGAGUUGAAGAACCAACGGUUGAAGGAGGUGUUCCAUAAGAAGAUUCAGGAAUUCCGAGCUGUCUGCUACACCCUGACGGGUUACAAGAUUGAUGUCACGACAGAGAACCAGUACAAGCUGUCAUCAAUAUAUGCAGAGCACCCGGAUGACUAUCUGAUGUUUAAGGCUGCCAACAGUCUGGGAGCAAAGAUGCAGCUCCUGCAGACGGACUUCUCCAGUUCCCUCGAUGAGCUGAUCAACCUUCAUCUGCAUCACCAGAACAGUAUCCCUGCAUUCCUCAGUGCUAUCACCCUCGACCUCUUCAGUCGCCAGACAUUGGCAUAGUGGAGGUGCAACUUGUGACGUUGAAUAGAGUGGUUGAUAUAUUUUCCUACGCUGCAAGGAAGCUUGAUUUAGUAGUAUUAAUUAGAGAUCAACUCAACAUUUAGUUAGAUUUGCAGCAGGGUGUUUGCUUGCUAUGUUUUCCAAACAUUUAUUUUUGCUUUAGAUGUGAUUUUAAUUAAUUUCUUUGCUUUCAUUCAUCUCCUGGCAGCUGGAAAGGAGAUUGAGCAGAGCAUGAACUUCGCAGCUGCCGAUGUCAGCGCUGCCUUGAGGGGUCUCCUUCUCAUGCAGGGAGCGAGACAGAUGCUGGGUUUUCAGAUGGAGGGACAUCAGAGUGAAGGACAUGAUUAAGAAAUGAUAAAACUCUUCUCACCAGUUGACAUAAAACACAAGUGCUUAGCUAUGUGGUGCCAAGCUAUCCUGCUGUCCUUGGCAAAACUCCUGGUGCAAAUCAGAGCAUCCUGUUGUUAGUAUAACUUCUUAUCCACUAAACAUCCAUCAAGGUUUACUUGAUGCACUCCUUAUCCCUUCUACUCAUUGUUCAGUCUUGUGUGAUGGGCCAAAGAUAUCUAUUCCCCACCAGCUGACAGCUCAAUAUACAGUGGCUCAGCUUAAUACAUGUUUGACUUAUUAGGUGGGCUGUGCACUCUCUCUUGACAGAUCUUUGUCAAACUUCAAGAGAGCAGAUGAUUCAUAACGUGCAACUCCGCCAAGUUGGUACAAACCACCAAACUGAGGGAGACAGCACCUGAGUUUAGGUAAUGCACAGUGGAUAAAGGAUUGAAGUCCAAGUUAGAAUUUACCAAAGCUCUGGCACCAGUUGAGGAAAGAUAGAAAAAGGUUCUCACUUCAUUUGCAUAUUUUAAUGACGUUAAACUUUGCACUUGGGUUGGAGGGAGGGGAAGGGGAAGAGAAAUGGGGCAGGAGAGAUGAGUGAAGCAGGGGACAGAGGAGGCAGAGGAGAGGGGGAGAGAGUAGUAUCAGUGCAUUUUUCUGGCUGAACUGUGUUUGAUUUAGAAUCCAGAUUAAGUGUCCGUUGUAUCAAUAAGUCUUGGUGACUUUAUUAGCCAUGAACUUUUAGCUUUAGGGAACAAUAUAUAAAAUAUCUGCUCUCUCCUCCGUCUGUAUGAAUGUCAGCAACUUGAUUCAACUGCAUUAAGGAUAAACAAAGCCUCUUGCCAUCCUGGUCUAGCCGCUGGGCCAUCGUAGGUCUUUGAACAGCGAUCAAGUGAAAUUCCCUCAUCCCUGCUUGAUCCAAAGGAUCCUCCUGCCUUGUCUGCAAACUAACAGGAAAGAGAGCAAUAUUACAUAUACGUUUAUAACAUGGUGUGUCUCCUUUGUACAAGGUUUGAAUGAAUUUAUCUGCUCUGCUAGGAUAUCACAUUAUCUAAUAAAAUACUGCUUUAUUUUCGGGAGAUUUGAUUAGUUACAAAUAAAGAUGCUGAGGAUGGAAA